AUGACAGUAAAAAAUAAAAAGAGAUCUCUGUCUUCGGACUACGGAGAGAAACCUAAGAUAAAGAGAUCUAGAAAUGGGUGUCACAAUUGCAAAAGACUUAAGAUAAAGUGUGACGAGUGUAAACCUAAAUGUUCAUACUGUAUUAAAACCGACACCAAAUGUGAUUAUUCUAUGAAAUUGACAUGGGGUGGCAGACCAUAUAAGAAUGAAACUAAGCGAAACAAGCUGGGAUAUGCAAAUAGGACGCAUACUUUUGAAGGGAUCAAGCCGGAAUUGAACUCUAAACAAGGUACGGAGAACGAUAAGAUUCAAUUUAUUGUUGAACGAACGAAUAUGAAUGAAAUCAAGACAGAAUCGAGUGAUAAGUGGAAGAUUUCGUCAACGUCGACGAACUCGACAGACUCGAAGAACCAGGUUAACGAUGAUCUGGAGAAGAAGCUUAGCCCUGAGGACAUGGACGGGAAAGGUGCAAAAUCAAAUAACUCUUUCGAUGAAACAGAAUUAUCAAAACCAUCCAACUUAAUGAACACUCUCAACUCACCACCAGCAUUUACAACACCGAGCGGUGAUUCAAUCCUAAGCGAUUUCAAUACUUUUCCACAUCAUCAGAAUUUCAACAUUCUUAGUACCAGGACACCUAACCAGGACUUGAAUGAUUUGCAGAAUACCAAUGAAAAUGAUCCUGUUUCUAUAAGUGUUGUUGACAAAGCAUCUAAGAUUGAAACUCCGAGGGAAGACAAUUUAAAUUCAAUUAUUGAUAGUAUUCCUGAGAUUUCAACAGGUAUUGAAAGCUUAUCAAAUGAGUUGGAGAGAAUUUCCAAUGGUGGCUAUCUGCUUAAUUUAAAAACCUCUGAGAUUUUGAAUAACUAUAUGCUCUCAAAUUUGGAUGAAAGUACAGAACAUCCCACAGACAAAGGCUCAAACACGAACAGAUUUCAUAAUAAGGACUUCGUCAGCACUCAAACUCCGUGGAGUCCUUCUAGUGAUUUGAAUCUUGACAUAUCAGACUUUAAGGCAAGCAGACCACUGUCAAGAUUAGAAAUAAGAGAGGAAGCAUUUAAUAAUUACUCAGAUGAUUUGGCAAAAAUUGAAGCUUAUCUUCCAGAGAGACAAAAGUCUAAUCUAUUGGAUGAUUUUUUAUCUUCAACAAAUUCAAUUAGUCUGUUUGCGUACAACAUUGGAAGUAGUAAUAAAGUCAGGGAAAUUGAAGAAGAUGAGAAUGAAGAAGAGAGCAAUCAGCGGCUGCUUCACGAUAUUGAUAUUGACCUGGAUUUUAUGAGUUCCAUUGGAACAUCGACAAAAGAGCCCAACAAACAUAUCUUAACCGAUGCUGAGUUAUUUGAAUCUAUUCCACCCCUGCUUGUUCCUUUACCAGAAAUUUUAAUAGAGGUGCCGUUUUAUCGUAAUCUUAUGCAUUUUUGGGUAAAUGUUGCUUCCCAAAACUUAGUCCCAGCACCAUCAUACAUUUAUUCUGACAAUCCGUUCAAGGUACUCUUACCACAGAUGGCUAUGGAAUACCCAUCUAUUCUCACCACCCUAUUGGCGUUUGCUGCUUCUAUCAGAUCGCUGCUUCUAGGACCGGAAAAUAUACCUACAAAAAUUGUUGAUCAAUUAUUAGCAAGAUCAUGUAAUGAGUUGUUGAAGCUAUUGAAGGAUAAACAUGAAUCGACGUCAGAUGGAACUUUAGCCACUGUUUUAUUACUUUCGUGUUAUGAAUCUUUCCAAUCGAAUGAUUUUGAUAGACAUAGAACACAUGCAUUAGGUGCAAGGCAAAUAGUUAUGGCAAGACGUUGUUUCUUGCCAUGUGAAAGUCCGGAAUCGGAUAAAAGUACGCCUUCAUCUACAUCGAGUAAUCUGAACUCAAGGGGUAAGGAGAGUGAUAUAGCGUUCUUUUUGAUGAGAUGGUUUAUCUAUGUGGAUGUAAUGGGUGCAUUAUCUGCGACCAAGAAUUCUCAUAAGUAUUUGACAUCUGAAAAUGGGCAUUACCAGCCGAUUGAAUCUGUAGCUAACUUGACAGAUUUCGAUAACAACGCAUUAGAUAUUGACAGGAAAAGUGAUAUUGACCAUUUGCUAGGUUUUGACAUACGCGUGUUACCCCAACUAACUGAUAUCGCUUUGCUUAUCAGAAAAUCGGAUUCGUACUUAGAACAAGCUGGCGAUGACUGUAGCACGUUACCAAUAACUAUCAUUACUGCAGCUUUAGAAGUCAAAGAAAGUAUCACUAGUGCUUAUGAAGUUGGCGAGGCCAGACGUCAGGCAAAACUUGACAGCAUCAUAGAUUACAAGAUCCAACGCAAAAGAGAAACUCAUAGAACCGACUCGCCUCCGAAUUUAAACCAUAUAAUGCAACAAUAUGACAUUCUAAGAGCUACAAAUAAAAUCUUUUGUGAUAUGGGCCUUCUUAAUUUAUACCGCCGUGUGUUGUGUGUGCCCCGUGAAUCUCCCAUAAUACAGGACUUAGCUGAUGGUAUUGGACAGAUAUUAGAAUUGACAAUUGAAUCAAAGUCGUCUGCAGAAAUCUGUUCCAUAUUCGCCUUAUUCUGUGCUGGCUGUGAAACUUUAGAUCCAAAUAUGAGAUCGCUCUUUUACAAUAGAUUUACAAAACUCACAGAAAUGGGGAAUGUCAAUGCAAUGAAAAGUCUUCAGAUAAUGUCCAGAUGCUGGAACACAGGUGAAGAUUGGAUAGUUGCUUCUAGAAAAUUAGAUAUAGAUGUAGCACUCUUAUAG